AUGUCGCAGAAGUAUUCGUUUCAAAUUCUUAGUAGUUACUCGAAAAAGUUGUUAAAACGGUGCCGAUUUCAUUCAACCUCAAAGUUAUUCGCAGAAGAUAAAGGUGGGCAACAAAAACCGCCCGAAAUCCCGGAAAAACCGGAAGAACCCAAAAAACCGGACCAAUCUUUAAAACCAGAACCACCCCAAUUACCACAACCUCCCCCAUUAAAACCAAAACCAGCCCCUCCAACCAAAAGACCGAAAUAUUUGAUUGCUGUUCAUUGUGGGUUUCAAAAUAAUGCGUACGAGAAACAUAUUAGAGCUGCAAUUGAUGCUGGGUAUAAAGUUUUGGAGCAAACAGGAAAAGGAUUGGAGGCGGUAGAGAUUGUUUGUAGGAAAAUGGAAGAUGAUCCAGUUUUUAAUUGUGGAAAAGGUUCUGUUUUAAACUCAAUAGGGAGUGUGGAAAUGGAAGCUUCGAUUAUGGACGGAGAAACUUUAAGAUCAGGCGCCGUUAGUGGAUUAAACAACAUCGAGCACCCAGUUACCUUAGCAAAAAUGGUUCUACAAAGAACCCCCCACAUCGUCAUCGCAGGACAUGGAGCUAAUCAAUUCGCAACAACUUUAGGAUUUCCGAGAGUUCCCCCACAAUCUUUAAUAAUCGAAGAGGAAAAAGAAGCUUAUCGAAAAAAUUCUGAAUCAUAUCCUGGAUUUUCAGCGGUUAUUGUUCUAGAUCCGAAUGGAAAUUUAUCCACUGCUAUGUCCAGUGGGGGAAUGAGAAGGAAAUUACCUGGAAGGGUCGGGUGUUGUGCGAACGUAGGAACCGGUUAUUACGCUGAUAAUAGGAUUGCUGCAGCUACUACCACCGAUAGUCAGGCGAUUAUGAAAGCUAAUUGUGCACACGAAAUUGUAUACUUUAUCAGUAAAGGUUUAUCAGCUUUAGAAGCCGCCCAAAAAACUUUGCUCAAACUCCAACUAAGAAUGUACCUGAAAGGAGCGGCUAUGGCCGUUACUAAUGGGGGUGAUGUUGCUGUUACUUCGACGCAAGGGAGUUUUGAUUGGGCGUUUAAACGAGAUGGUGAAUAUAAAUUCGGUAAUACGGAAGGAUUUUUUCAGUACUCAGGUUAA